GGGAGUGUGGUGAAUCGGUGUUUCGUCGUUUAUGGGGCUGCGUUUGUAUAUAGUGCAUGUAUAAUUUUUGUAUGGAUUUUUGUCAUUUCUUACCUUUGCCAUGCGUAACUGCAAUACAUAGAAAUAACCCGAAUAAGAUACGUCUUGUUUUUGUAACAUUCUGUUUACGAGCGGAGCAGCUUGCACAUUGAUAGCCAUACUAUUAUAGCCAUAACAUCGUUGUAAAGAUGCAUAUUUUUACCAAAUAAUCCGACGUUGGGCAUUUCCUGGUGGAUCCACCUCGGAGGACGUAGCCUACUGUUAUAUUGACGGAGCGCAUCGGAACUAAUAAUCCAGAGAUGGAACGCCUAUUGUUUGUGGUGAUUCUCUAUGCUCUUCCAUCUUUCGUUGUGCCCAUACAUAAUUCAUCAACUGGAGGCUGUGCUAUCAUCCGGCCUCCCAGAGAUGGGGGGAUCCGCUACAGAGGCCUGACACAGGAACAGAUCCGCAGUGUGCAGAUCCUCCCUGUGGAUUAUGAGAUAGAGUACAUCUGCAGAGGAAACAGGGUGAUUGUGGGACCUAAGGUCAGGAAGUGCUUACCCAACGGCACAUGGACGGACUUGACGCUGCACAGCACAUGUUUGCUGCUGUGCCCGCGGGUGUGGACCUCCCUGGAGAACGGCCGGGUGAUGGUGAAGCCCCCCGGGCCGCCGGUGGAGGGCACGGUGCUCCACUACAGCUGCCACGCCGGCUUCAUCCUGGAGGGCAGAAACAUCAGCCAUUGCACUAAACUGGGAAAGUGGGACGCGCCUAAACCCACCUGCCUCUAUGACAGAAACUACACAGGCAAGAAGAAGCUGUACAUCGGAGCGCUGUUCCCCAUGAGCGGAGGCUGGCCCGGCGGGCAGGCGUGUAUGCCCUCCGCUCAGAUGGCCCUGGACCUGGUGAACAACCGGAGCGACAUCCUGCCAGACUACGAACUGGAGCUCAUCCACUACGACAGCAUGUGUGACCCAGGAGAAGCCACCAAGUUGCUGUAUGACCUUCUGUACACCGAGCCCAUCAAGAUCGUGCUGAUGCCCGGCUGCAGCGGCGUCUCCACGCUGGUGGCCGAGGCUGCUCGCAUGUGGAACCUCAUAGUGCUGUCCUACGGCUCCAGCUCGCCGGCGCUUUCCAACCGCCAGCGCUUCCCCACCUUCUUCCGCACACACCCGUCGGCCACCCUUCAUAACCCCACCAGGGUGCGGCUUUUCCAGAAGUGGAAGUGGACCCGCAUUGCCACCAUCCAGCAGACCACCGAAGUCUUCACCUCAACUCUGGACGAUCUGGAGCAAAGGACGAAGGAGGCAGGCAUCGAGAUCAGCGUUCGUCAGAGUUUCCUCACCGACCCGGCUGUCGCUGUCAAAAACCUCAAGCGCCAAGAUGCAAGGAUCAUUGUGGGGCUCUUUUAUGAGACCGAAGCCAGGAAGGUGUUCUGUGAGGUGUUCAAGGAGAAGCUCUAUGGGAAGAAGGUUGUGUGGUUCUUGAUAGGCUGGUACGCAGACAAUUGGUUCAAGAUCAAAGACCCAGCGAUCGACUGUACUGUGGAGAACAUGACGGAGGCCGUGGAGGGUCACGUGACCACCGAGAUCGUCAUGCUGAAUCCUGAGACGGUCCGCGGCGUCUCCAACAUGACGUCGCAGGAGUUUAUCGCCGCCCUGAUGUCUCGUCUCGGUGGAAAGAACCCAGAGGACACCGGGGGGUUUCAGGAGGCUCCUCUCGCCUACGAUGCAGUGUGGGCUCUGGCCCUCGCCCUCAAUAAGACCGUGGCCCCCCUGAAGGCUAAGGGUCGACGACUGGAGGAUUUCAACUACAACAACCAUGACAUCACCUCCGAGAUCUACAGGGCCCUCAACACCAGCUCCUUCGAAGGUGUUUCGGGCCAAGUGGUGUUUGACGCCCAGGGAUCCAGGAUGGCGAUGACUCUUAUCGAGCAACUGCAAGGAGGCAGUUACAAGAAGAUCAGUUACUAUGACAGCUCCCAGAAGAACCUCUCCUGGUUUGGCAAUGAUGUUUGGAUAGGUGCUGGACCUCCGGCCGAUCGGACAGUGGUGAUCGAAGAGUACCGCUACUUGUCUCAGAAGCUGUUUGCAGCUUUGUCCGUUUUCGCUGGCCUCGGCAUCCUGUUCGGCAUCGUCUGUCUGACCUUCAACAUCUACAACGGAAACGUCCGGUACAUCCAGAACUCUCAGCCGUACCUGAACAACAUGACAGCGGUGGGCUGCAUGAUGGCUCUGGCUGCUGUGUUCCCGCUGGGGAUUGAUGGUCACCACGUCCACAGAUCUCAGUUCCCCGUCGUCUGCCAGUUCCGCCUGUGGCUCCUUGGCCUCGGAUUCAGCCUGGCGUACGGCAGCAUGUUCACCAAGAUCUGGUGGGUCCACACCCUCUUCACGAAGAAGGACGAAAAGAAGGAGAAGAAGAAGCAACACUUGGAGCCAUGGAAACUCUACGCAACAGUUGGAGUGCUGCUGGCUAUCGACUUCUUGUCACUCAUGAUCUGGCAGAUUGUGGAUCCCCUGCACAUUACGGUGGAGAAGUUCACAAGGGAGGCCCCUAAAGAAGAUUUGGAUGUCCUGAUUCAGCCCCUGCUGGAGCACUGCAGCUCAGAGAAGAUGAACACGUGGCUCGGUGUGGUUUACGGCUACAAGGGUCUCCUGCUGCUCCUGGGGAUAUUCCUGGCCUACGAGACCAAGUCCGUCUCCACAGAGAAGAUCAAUGACCACCGGGCCGUGGGGAUGGCUAUUUACAAUGUCGCUGUGUUGUGCCUGAUCACGGCUCCGGUGACCAUGAUCCUGACCUCGCAGCAGGACGCUUCCUUUGCCUUCGCUGCUCUGGCAGUCGUCUUCUCUGCCUACAUCACUCUGGUGGUGCUCUUCGUACCCAAGAUGCGGCGUCUCAUCACCCGCGGCGAGUGGCAGUCGGAGCAGCAGGACACUCUGAAGACCGGCUCGUCCACCAACAACAACGACGAGGAGAAGUCCCGACAGCUGGAGAGAGAGAACAGGGAGCUGCAGAAGAUCAUCCAGGAGAAAGAAGAGAGAGUUUCCGCACUCCGCAACCAGCUGGCUGAGCGACAGGCUUUACGCAACCGCCGCAGACCCUCCUCUGGCCAGAAUCAGAACCACAACACCCCCCCGCCCUCUUCCCAGCCCGACCCCAAGUCUCUGCUGCCCCCGCCCGGAUACCCCAACCCCACCACGGACAAUCACUCCCUCCCGCCUUCCUUCUCCAACUCCUCCAACCUUUACCCGGCCGACAGCAAGAUGAGUCGCAACCACUGUCAGAACAGCCAGAUCCCACUGCUGUACAAAUAGGCAAGGCACCGGGAGAGGGGAGGGGAGUGUGGGGGGAGGGGAGUGUGUGGGGGGGGGGGGCAACAGUCACACACACACACAGGGACACAAAACACAAUGACACACUGUGACUUUCACUUGUUUGGGGCACAGCGGUGUAGUGACACUGUUUUAAAAAAACGGCGUGGAAGCACAAAUAAGUUCACAGGAGCGCUGUACACGCGGCAGCUUCGGGGGGGAUUGCGCAGGUAACACCCGUUCCUCACAGUUUUGAUCUCACUGCGUCCGACCCAGCAACGAGGCACUUGUGACUGUCCAGACUAGCAGCACUCGAGGUCCUUUUUUUUUCAAAGUGAACAGAAAGGUCUCUUAAUCAUUCCUCUCCCCCAUUCGUUAUCUCGUUCUGUUGUGGAGACACCUCGCCGAGGAUCUUAAAAGGAAACGUUUGUGUCUUUGUUAUAUCGUCUCCACCGUUCGUCUCUCGAGUUUGUUGACUAGGCAAGCACACACAGUAGUGGUUUAUAUUGUUCUGUAAUAUCUGACCUGUUUUGUCAUGGGGUUGUUGUUAAAUGAUUUGUUUACUUUUCAGGGGAGUUGUGGAAAUGGAAUUUACAAAAGGGACAAAGGAUUGUAAAGUCCGCUGAGCGCCACCGCGUGGAUACUGGUUUCACUGAAAGAUGAUAAUGUGCAUUAUUAAAUAGCCAUAAUUUAGAAAGGGCCUAAGAGCUUGGCAUGUAUGGAUGUCUGUUGUCAAGACUGUGUAUUCAAGUACAACACUGCAUCUAAAAAAAACAAAACAGUCCUUUGCUGAAUAUUAACUAAUUUCAAAGGAGGAAAGCUUUCUCAUGUUAAGGGAAACUUUUGAAAGUUUUGCCAUUUGCGAUGAUGUUUACAUUGUAUUUUUUGAGAUUUGUGUUGUACCUUUUUAGCAGUAAAGAACAGUCGUAGCCAUCAAAUAACUCCCCCUGCUGCAGCCAUAGUCAAUGCAGCUGAUUCUCACAUUUUGUCGGGAAAACUCCAACAUGCCAGAAGAAUAGUUUGUACUUUCUUCCUCCUGGAACUGAAAGCCAAUUUAUAUUUUUCACAGCAGCAGUGCGGUGAGACGUGGGGCUUCUAUGAUGGCUAUUUCUGUGGGUCUUCAAAGAAAGCACAGUUUUUAUACACAUUAUUCUUGUGAGCCUUUUUUUUUAUAGGAUGUUUUUCUUACGUUUUUCCAUAACAGACAAUCUGGAUGGAUGCUAUAUUUUAUUUAAUUUUUUUUCAUUUUGCCUUUGGGUAAAUUGUAAAUGUAUCAAAGAAGGAUGUACGUAAAGUUAUGUGACAAACUGUAUUUAUUCAGCAGUUAAUCUGGAGGUACUAUUUCAUUCAUGAGCUAUUUCCAGAUGUUAUAAAAGCACUGAUAUCUGAACAGCUUUAUCAGCAGGUAAAACAAUACUUUGUCAAAUAUUUUUUCAAAUAUAUAUGUCAGUGCGCACUUUAAACUGAACAAACUAUGGUUAUUCCACUUCAUGUUUGCUGGUAUUCUAAUACAUUUUAGCUCAGGGUAUGGAGGAGGACAUCAAUGAAUGAAAUAGGCCAUAUGUAUUAACUGUGCAGUACCUGGAAGAGAUAGUGUAACAUACGAAUGCAGACAUCAUUUAGGAGUUGUUCCAUUAUCUUGCACAUAUAUGACAAUAUAUAUGGAUUUGGGGAUAUUUGUAUUCACUAUAUAUAAGAUCGUAAAUGUUAAUAUAUUUCAGAGUAUGUGUAUGCAAAUAUAUGGGUACCAUAAAUAAAAAUAAUUGUUUUUUCAUUGGGUA